GUUCUCGCUUCCACCGCCACCAGGUCCGCCUGCCCGUCUUCGAAACCAACAAAUCGGAUAGGCCAGACUCGGGGAUAUGGUUACGUUCCAGAGCUUGCGUAGCGAGAAGGAGAUCCUCGAGAAGCUUUACCGCGACGAGCUUGACACAGUGCUCAAUCUGCAAGAGCUUCUGUACGACCAUGUCAUACCUGACAUGGUCUCUGAGCUCGGCAUUGAUGAGCGCGGUCAACGGAACCUUGAAGAAUGGGCCGCAGACAUUCCCUCUAUAUUUCGCGUUCUGAAGCGUCAUAAAUUCGUCGCCUCGUUUGCUCUCGAAAACAUGCGGCAGAUAAUGUUUGACCGCCUUCACCCAUAUUCUCGGCCACGAAUAGAACCGACGCCAUUCUUACGCUGUCUCCCACUCACCUCGGUCGAUCCCUUCGGCCGACCUGUCAUCAUCGUGAAGCCAAAAGAGCUGCAAUUCUCGUCACCUCAGCUUCCGUUCAUCCUUCGCACAUGUAUGGAAGGCUUGCGCGUCCGCUUUCAGCAGCUCAACUCCAAGCGCGAUGUCAAGGAACCUCCUGUCCUCCAGUAUAUCGCCUUACUCGACAUGGAAGGAACGACAUUUGUCAGUCCUGGUUGGAUGGAAGUCAUAUCAACAUUCAUGCAACAAGUUUUGCCCUCGUUUCCUGGUAUGCUCGCGGCGGUCUUUGUGCUAAAUUACACAUGGUCCUUUUCCGGUGCAUGGAAUUUCGCCAAACGGCUCCUGCCCCAGAGAGCACUCUCACGCGUGUUCUUCCCCAGCCAUGAGGAACUCCUAGACUAUUUGACACCAGAAUGUGUCCCGUCCGACUUCGGUGGCCUCUUGCCUCCGUCCGCACAGCUAGAGGAUCUCGUGGGGACUCUGCUCAAGGAUUCAGAUGCAGCUCGACCCGAAGGCUAUGCUGACGCCGACGCUGGCUGCUCACGCAAAUGCGUAUGCACCCCAUUUGAUUUGCAGACCACAGGCCCCAGUGGCCCUGCGGCGGAGGACUGCCCAUCGCGCCCAACUCCGCAACAUAGCCCUUAUUACGGAUAUCCAGUUCUACAUGAUACUCCGGGCCCCAUUCCGACUCUACGACACGGCCGCCGGCGCAAGAGGGACCUUCUGCGCACGUUGGCUUCGCUCUUCUGGGCGCGCUGGCACAGACACCUUUUAGCUGCCCUGGCCGCCGUGGCAUUCAUCGCGAUCCUCCGCAUGUCACGUAGAACACGACUUCUUUUUGGGGUGCGCGGGAACACCGCGACUUUGCAGACGAAGCUUCGUAGGUUAAUUGAGAGUAGCCCAGGCCAUUAGGUGUUCGACCGGCCGUCGCUCAUGCUCGCCGACACGGACUAUGCCGAGGCCUCGGCUUCAGGCUGUGUAGGCUCUUGCAUCUGGUCUUCUCACAUUCAUCGAGGUAGAAGGACUUCAUGAUCCGCAUUCAUUAAUUGUCUAGCUAUGGAACCAAUCCGCUCAAUAUAUUGCUUCGGUCGCCCUACAGUUCGUUCGUAACUAUUUCAAUUUGUACAACCAGUUUCAUCUGUGUAUCGCGAUCUAUUCGCUAGUGUCCGA